AUGGAAGGAAGCAGGAAGGAAGCAUUCCUUGAUAUCUCCAUUAUAACAUACGUAUUGGUUGUCAUUUUUGGCACAGCUUCAUGGAUUGCCAUCAACGGGCUCUGGGUCGAAUUACCUAUCAUUGUCCAAGAAAUUCCUGAAAGCUGGUCUCUUCCAUCCUACCUGACAGUGAUAAUCCAACUGGCAAACAUAGCUCCGUUAGCUUUUACACUUGGGAACAAGUUUUAUCCUCGCAUGGUCCACGAGAUUCCCGUCAUAUACAUCAGCCUGUUUAUUGGCACGGUUUCCUGUGUUCUGUUGGUAUUUUUUUGGAAAGAAACGUCCUUCAUCGCCGGAGCUGAAAGAAGCACAGCGUUGUUAGUCCUCUGUUUCUUCCUUUCUGUAGUUGAUUGUACAUCGUCUGUGACGUUCCUACCAUACAUGGCAAUCUUUCGAGAAGUCUACAUGAGCCCAUAUUUCCUUGGGGAAGGUUUAAGUGGUCUGAUACCCAGUCUGGUGGCAUUGGGGCAGGGUGUGGGCGGGGGGUCUCAUACCCCUUGCCCCAGUGAGAGCCCCACACAGGCUCCCGUGAACACCACAAAUGGAACCUCCAACAUCACCGACUCUAGCAGCUGGGGACCCGGCCCAAAAUUUCCCGCUGAAGGAUUUUUCUGGUUCCUGGCUGGGAUGAUGUUGGCAUCUGGGUUGGCCUUUUUGGGAUUGAAUUAUCUCUCUGUGGCGAAACGACAGCAAGUGAAGACGAUUUACGAAGUUUCUCCCGACGGAGGCCAGCGUUCCACCUUAGAGCUUGUCUCUUAUGAGCAGGGCAGCUCACCAGGCUCAAAUCCACUAUCUAAUCAAGGUUCCAUUGAUCCUGACAAGACGACCACGAAAGAUUCCAUAUUCCUUAUGGCUAUCUUAGCUGUUGUCAGUGGCCUGAGUAAUGGUGUGAUACCAGCUAUUCAGUCAUAUGCCUGUAUUCCUUACAGCUACUACAUCUAUCAUUUGACUCUCACCCUGUCCAACAUUGCCAAUCCAGUCACCUGUUUUGUGUUUCCAUUCAUCCGCACUACUUCAACACUGAUCAUAGCAGUGCUGAGUUGUGUCUACUUUGGAAUGUGUACCUACAUUCUCAUCGUUGCAUCACAAAGUCCAAAUGUGCUGUUGCGCUGUAACGAUUCUGGCGCUGUUUUGAUUGUCUUCAUCAGUGUCAGUGCAGUUUCUGUGGUAACUUACAUCAAAGUUGCUAUUGGAGGAAUAAUGCGAGAGAAAGGACGCAGGCAUUUGUUGUGGUAUGGCGUAAGUGAACAGAUUGGUUCAUGUGUGGGAGCAUUAGCCAUGUUUGCUCCCGUAAACAUCUACCAUUACUUUAAACAAGAGUGAAAGUAUUCCCGUAAAAACACUGUAUAGCUUUGAACGUGAAGAGAGCUUUGUCUUGUGCUUCAGGUCUCCAGAGAUUUAAAGGACAAUUUUAUGCAUAGAUGUUACCGCAUGUUUUUUAACCAGCAUGGCAUACAGCAUCGAAAGGUCACAAAUUAGAUUCUCGCCGCUAUUUAGGAAGAGAAUUCGUUUCGUUGUUUAGAAACUCUGCAAAGGCAACGUGAGAGAAGUUUUCUUUUUCUUUUUCCUUUUUCUUUUUUUUUUUAAAUUUCAUUAAAGGAAUAAGAAUGGUCACUUCCUCUCAGGCUGGUAGAAGUCAAGUUGGGGUUUCAAAUCAGGUUUCUUUAUCAACUGGUGAGAACGAGUCGGUGAAGACUCUUAAGGCUGUGACGUAAAGUCAUUGAAGCUCUUUGCUCCUUACCAAAGGAUUUACGGUUCAGACUCUCCGUUGGUUAGGUGAAUCGAAGUUCUAUAGAUAGGUUAAAAAUCUUACGUGAAAGCUUCUAAGAAGAAAAAACUUAAACUGGCGAGUUUUAUUUCAAGGGAAGCUAUUGUUAAGUCUUACAGACUUUUCAAUUUUUUUUAGACUUUUUAGAUUAUUGGACUACUCAGCUUAAGUGCACUCUUUAAUAGGAUAGCUUUUUUGCUUUAAGUGCAGCCGGAGUAUUCUGAGAUCCUCUAAAAUUGGUAAGACAGCUUGGAUUUCAAAGCAAAUAAUAAUGUGUGAUUAUAAGCAAUUAUUCACUCAUAUAUUACAGAAAGAAAUGAAUCUAACCAUCCGGCCAAUCAACAAAUUCAAAGUAGAUAAAAAAGGUUUUAGGAAGACUCAGUGCAAUACAAUUCAUUUGUAACCUGGGAGACUACAUUCUUUUGAGCGAUAAUGUCUAUGUACAAACGCUCGCCACCAUCUUAAUCCAGCAACGAACAAGUGAAGAGCUCUUGGAUUUGGAAAUAUUUUCUGACUCGUGCUGUAUUGGAUGACGUGAGCACGGGUAUCCAGACUUCUCUCUUUCAAGUCCCCAGAGAAGUUAAUAAUACCUUUAUCUGAAAUAGUAUUCUUUGCUGUGAAUACAUUGUUUCAAUUAUAAGUGUGCCUGCAUUAGCUGUAGAACCGAUCUUGUUUCUAUUAAAAUUCAGAGCU